GAACGAUUUAGAGGUUGUAUUUACUUCCGGGUGUCAGCUUGUGUUUACAUCAUUUUGCAAUGAGUUUUGAGUGGCCCUGGCAAUAUAAUUUUCCUCCGUUUUUUACGUUACAGCCCAAUGUUGACACCAGACAGAAACAGCUUGCAGCAUGGUGCUCCCUUGCUCUGUCCUACUGCCGCCAUCACAAGCUCUACACUCUGGACGUCAUGGAAGCCCAAGAGAGCCCAGUGUUCAACCACAAGAAUAUCGAUAGAAAACUAUCAACGGAUGCCAUACUAAUUGUUUUUGAGGAAUUAAGGAAAAAAGGGAACCUGGAAUGGUUAGACAAGAACAAGACACGGUGUCUAGUCAUGUGGAGGAGGCCAGAGGAAUGGGGGAAACUGAUUUACCAGUGGGUCUCUAAAAACGGUAUGGCCAAUACAGUGUUUACGCUCUAUGAGCUCGCCAACGGUGACGACACAGAAAGCGAAGAAUUCCAUGGGCUGGAGGACUGGAUGCUGAUUCGUUCUCUGCAGGCCCUGCAGAUGGACGGCAAGGCAGAGGUCAUCACCAUGGACGACGGGAAGGGGGUCAAGUUCUUCUGAAGAGGCAUUGCAUUGUGGGAUUGAUCAAGUGCUCAACUCAGACUGGGAACCUUUAUCCUUAUAGGCUGUGAGAGUACUGCUAGCCUGGUCUCAGAUCUGUUUGGGCUGUCCUGCCAACUCCCUGUGGUCAUUUGCGUGACACAGGAGGUGGCAAGACAGUGCAAACAGAUCUGGGAGCAGGUUAAUGAAGGUUCUGCUGUUUAAAAGGCUAUUAUUUGCACCUCAGCACCCAAUCCAUGUGGUUGAUGAUAGUAAUUGUCAUUCUUUGGUUUAGGAAGUUGCCUUUUUUGGUUCACCCAAGUUAAAAGCAUUUUCUUAUUGGAAGGGAACCAAUCUUGCUAGUAAAUUCCAUCUGCAGGAGCAGUUUAGGAGGUGACUUUAUUUUGACUUCUGUUGUAGUCCCUUGGGAUGUUUGAUGUGGGCAGGUGUUGUCCGUCAGACAUGCAACAAAUAAUUUAGGGGAGCCAGUCCUAUACACGUAUGCGUCUAGGUAUUCUUAGAGAGAGACUUUCCCCACGAUCUGAAUCUUUCCCUUACUAUUUUCUUCUGUUUUGUAUUUAUAACUCGUUUUUAUUCUUACCCUCCUGGUUAAUAACAAGUCUACUUGCAGCGAUUAGGUGUGGUGGUGGUAUGGACUUCUGCUCCCCCUUCUGUAUUGCUGUUCUUCUUUACCACCAGAGAUCCCAGUCAAGACACCCUGGAGACGUUUGGGGAGUUUGAAAACCCCCUGGAAGAGGAAACACAUGGGAGUAAUGUAAUCCUGGUUUAAUUCAGCUGUAAUAAUGGUGAUGGAUGUCUCAUGUACAGACUGACUGCUGUAAACCCUUAGUACAGAACCUGUGACACUCCUGUACACUGUCGCUGUAUUCUAUUCAACCUCCUUUUUUUACCAAUGGAAUCCUGUAAGAAAAUAAAUGGGAGAGAAACGUU